AUGGCGUCAACACCAGCACAGUCCGUCGCAAGCGCAAGUCGCACCGACAAACCCUCUCUACCACAACCUUCGUCGCAUCAGCUCUCUAAAAGGCAGCAGUACGACACCCUUCUACACGCAGAGACUGGCGCUUCUUCCAGCACUACCUCGUUAGGCGCACCUUCGUCCCAUCCUUCGUAUCCCGCCGUAGCGCCAUUAUGUCGACGAUAUCCCACUCAAGCACCAGCCAUCUUUCAAGCGUACAUUGACCUCAAAAAUGGCGCUGCUGCCUGGGACCUCGUCGAAGCCCUAGCACUAUCCACACAUCCGACACCAGACACAGAGGCGUCCGCUGAGACCGCCAGAAGAGACCUCGCCGACAUCAGUGACGCAGAAGCUCAAGACCUCAUCAGCUCAAAACUGCAAGCGCUCAAAACAGGGACCGCCAGACUGGGUCUCGUCGCAUCCACCAACAAUCAAGACGAAGCGCAAGAACUGCUCCAGGCCGGCAUAGCAGCCAUCAAGGGACGUCGCAAAGAUGCCAAAGCCCACGAGUUUGUCGUCCCGCUCACCAUCACCCAGCACCUUCGACCGUCUCAAAUUGACGCCAUCUUUACCCUCGUCGAAGCCCACGCGGCAGCUUGCCCAGGCGAAGACGUCGACACCUCGCGCGUGAUGCUCGCCAUCAUUGCGCCCGACUCGACACUUGUAUACUAUCAGAUCUCCAAGGGCAUGGUCAAGCCCAUCAAUUGA